AUGAAACUCUUCUCCUGCUUCAUGCCUCUUCUCCUCUUCCUUCUCCAGGCUGUUCCAGGUCUUGGCUUGCCCAAAGACACCUUACGUUGUGUUGGAUACCAUGGUUUCUGCUUCCGUUCAAAAUCCUGCCCACGGCCAUUUGCUGCGUUUGGGACUUGCGCUUGGCGUCAGAAGACCUGCUGUAUAGAUACGACAUCAAACUUCCAUACUUGUCAAGACGAGGGGGGCCAUUGUGUUCCUCCACCAAUCAAAUGUCUGCAAGAGCAAGAGGGACCUUGCCCUCACAGAGAAUGGAAGUGCUGCACAGAAGUGUAAUAAAGGCCUGACGGAAGCGCAGAAAACUGCGGAAACACAUGGACAAGAAAACAAAUAAGUUUUCUUUCCUUCUGUUGUAGAGUUGAUAUCUGGUUUUCUCAACAUGUGAAGUGUAUAAUUAACUAGAGGUAACAUGUCUCUUUACAUGACAAAGGCAAUAAUUAAUAAAUAAACAAGUGUAACAACUGUAUAGGUAUGGAAAGAGGCAGAACGUCACUCUAUUACACCUACACACAGAAAUCCAGAGAAAUCUUGC